AUGUCAACCAUUAAACGUAAUUACAAAAUAUAUUGUGAAGAUAAUGAAAGCGACCUUUCAUCAAAAAAUAAAACUUCAUCCAAAAAAUUCAAAACACAAAAAACACAAAAACCUCAACCAAAGUUUAGCACGAAUACAGGAAUUAUAGUUAUAUCUGACGACGAAAAUAAACUGCCGUCACUUAAAACAAAAUCCACCGGAUCCAAUAAUUCAACACAAAAAAUUAUAGAUAUCUCUGAUUCAGACGAAGAUGAACUGCCAUCUCUCGAAACCGUGUUAAAAAACAUAACCAAAUUCGCCGAAUACAAAAAAAUGAACAAUAUUGAGUUUAUCGAGAUACAGGAUGAUACCACGGCUGCAAAUAAUAAUAAAGACGAUUUCACUUAUACCAUCAACGAUGUUCGAUUUCUCAGAAUUAGUAAAAAGACAAUACGAUCUAAAUUAAAAUGCAUGGUGAGAAGACUCAAAUCCAAAAAGGCUAUCAGAUCUAUCGCUGAAAUUUGUAAACAUAAAGAAAGAUACAAGUACUACAACGAUUUCAAAUCCCUACCCAAACGGCAUCUCCGAAAUCCUUUAGCCAUAGAUCGAUUAGUUCCUGGAUAUUAUGGAAUGAAAGGGUACACGCUAAUGUACGAGCAUUUGAUGAAAAACACCGCAGUGUGGGAACCAAACCUAGGAACAGAUAUAAAUAAACAGGAAUUCAUGCGAGAGGUUAUUAUUCCCGAAUUGGGUGUUAUAUUCAUUAUGACAGAUCUCAAGGUUAAUGAUUACGACACCGCUGUAAUAAUCACGCGUAAGAGCGUUGAAUACGGUAACCAAAAUUUUUUUGGAGACAGCGAUGAUAAUUGUUUUUGGUGA